AUGAUGUCACCUCGACCCGUGUUCGGGUUGAGGGCGAGCCUGGAAGGUUUGGCCACCUGGGCCAUCCUGAGCACUGUGCAAGGUCCAGCCAACUGGAUCGGCGUGGUGCUAUCUGGCACUUUAGGCCUCACUGAAACGGCCUGUCCUCACUUUGAUGGGGGUUGUAGCUGGCAGGCUGCCCUCUUGGCUUUGGCUCAGGCCGCCCAGUCGACUGAGCCUGUGGCCGCUCCCUGGGCAGUGCUACUGGCUGUCCUUGGGGUUAUCAUGGCCUUGCUCUUUUGUGCGGGGGCUGCACGCCGUUGGCUGCCCCCGGUGACGCUGCCGACUGUCCUCUCGGGUCUGGUUGCUGGUCAUGCCGCUCUUGGCUAUGUGGUGGCCACGAGUCUGAUGCAGCAGGAUCUACUGUUGUACCUGCUCCGGUUGGUCCUGCGUGAGUGGCCGAUAUUUGCCAUGGCCCUGCUCUUCACUGGAGUUGCAGUAGGCUUGGCCACGUUCUUGAGCUUUCACGCCAGCAGUGGGCUCCGGCAGAUUGAGCUUCGCAAAGUUUAUCACGUGGCCGCAGCUCUUCUACUAGCUCCUUUGAUGGCGUGGCACUCUGAUGUCUUCAUCGUGACGGGAGCUGUUGAAUUGGUGCAGGCCCAGCUGCGCGAUGCGCGCGAUCAGGGAUUCCUGACCGUCACGCCACUGUAUCUACUGCUUGGCACUCUGGCUCCAUUCUGGUGCCUUCCGCGCGCUCGUUUUUGGGCGGCCUAUGGUGGUGUGCUGGCCGUGGGCAUCGGUGAUACCUUUGCAUCGCUCGUUGGGCGACGAUAUGGUCGCUGGCGCCUCCCAGUGGUAGAGAAAAGCCUUGAAGGUUUUUUGGCUUGCGUUGUUUCGCAGCUGGUUGCCUUGUGGCUCUUGAACUGGGGUGGCCUAAUAGACGGUGUGCCUUGGCAUCGGGCUCUGGUUGCCUGCGUGACAGUGGCUGGACUUGAGCUCUCGACCACUCAGAUUGACAAUCUCGUGCUGCCCGUGGCGUUUGUUGUGGCCGCACUGUCUUCUUGGACAGGUUAG